AUGACAGCCAGGAAUGAGAUGCAGUUUGAAAAGUUAAUUGAUGAAGCUACAAGAAAAAAAGAUUUCAAAUUACUAGAACAGUUUCUGGUAACAGAAGACUCUGAAAAUGUCUCUUACAAAUGCAGCAAACAGUUUGUCAACAAAUUAGACAAGCUUCUGUGUCGGGAACUUGACAAACAAGAAAUUGCCAGCGUUUCCACUGUACUAAAUUGUAUUCAGAAAUGUGGGAUGAAAGUCAGCAUAGCAGGAGAAGAUGGACUCUCAGCAAUGAUAAAAUAUGGUCUUAUUGGAAGGAUGGUUAAUUGGUUUGAAAAGGUAAAAGGAAUUUUGAUCCUCAGUGGAAAUGAAAAGAAUGAAAUGCUUGCAAAUCUGACUGAAGAUUUCUUCAACGUGUUGCUGGCUAUAUGUGAUAGCAGACCUGAAGGUAAAAUGCAAAUACUAGAAAACUUUAUUCUGAAAACAUGUGCCCUUGCCGCUGACGAAAGAAUUAGUAUUUAUAUUCAAAAAAAGGUAGUAAGAAAACUUAAUUUAAUGCUCGACAACAUGCCUCGAGAUGCCAAAAAAAAAAUAGUUGCUACAAAGGAAAUGUUGCCUGUCAUGCGUGACAUGGGGAAGAGAAUUUUGGAUGCUGGAGACUAUGACCUGCAAGUAGCCCUUACAGAAGCUUUAUGCAGAAUGAUCUCAGAGAAACAAAGAGGAGAACUGGCCUGCCAGUGGUUUUCCAUGGAGUUUGUGUCCAAUGCAUUUAAAGGAAUUAAAGAUUCUGAGUUUGAAACAGAUUGCAGAAAAUUUCUGAACCAAGUGAAUGGCAUGCUUGGAGACAAAAGAAGGGUUUUUACAUAUCCGUGUUUAUCAGCAGCUCUUGAUAAAUAUGAGCUACAGAUACCAUUGGAUGAAAAUCUCGAAGAAUUUUGGGUUGAUUUCAAUGUCGGUAGCAGAAGUAUAUCCUUCUAUGUGGCAGCAGAUGAUGCAGAUCAUCAGUGGGAAACAGUCAUUAUUCCAGAAGAAGAGGUAGACCUGUACAGCCUUGAAGAAAAAGAUUCAAAGAAAUUAUUAACAAUAUGUCUAAAAAGCCCAAUGAGUGUGGGUAAUCAAGAAGGAGAAAUUUUUUUUUUAUAUUUUGAUUCUAUCUUGGAGAUCAAAGAUGCAACUAAAAAGAUUUAUGGAUCUAGUAAAUGUAAGGUUCUGAUACCAGAAAGUCAAUUAUCACCACAUUCGGAAGAAAAAUCUGAAGAGGCAAAAGCCAGUAAGUACAAACCACAGCAACUUUCUGGAACUUUGAAGACUCAGAAUAAAAAUAGCAGUCAAGAAAAAUGCAAAGAUGACUCCUCCAAGAUAACUACGUCUUGUAAAAGGAAAGUGUCUGAAGCAUCCAUGCUUAUUCCUGGAGCUGCAAGAUGUUGCACAAAGAAUCCACUGGUAUUUGUUAGCACAUCCACUCCUUUUAAAGGACGGUUUAAAUUACCCUUGGAAAUGAUGAGAUCUGCUGAAAGGUCCAAUAAUAAUAGUGCCCUAAAUGAGACUGGAAAGAAGAAUUUUGGUCAAGAAUCUACUGGAAGUGGGCAAAGAUGUGCAGCAGACAAUGAAUUUUGCGAAACAGAACAGAAUAUUGGGAAGUCAAAUACCAGAAAUGAAGCAAAACAACCUGAAAAGCAAAUGCAUGCUGAAGAAGUUUUAGGAAUGAUGCAAGAGGGAGAAAUGGAGGGCACGCAAAAGCAAACUUUAGAUGAAGCGUUAGAUGUUGUUCCUGAUUCCCAGCCAGUAGGGAAAAGCAACAAAGCUGUGCUGUCGGGUCUUUUGGAGAGUUCUUUUGAUAAAACCAGGACGUGGAAAAAAAGAGCAUGCUCUGUUCCUGAGAAGAAUAUAACAACUGGUAACAAGCAAAAGCCAAAUCCUUCGUUGACGCGUACAUCCCAUCCAGGUUACGAUCACACUUCAUUCACUGGGAGUGUUAAAAAUGUUCCGCAUUAAUUUUUUAACCUACAGCCCUAUAAAUAUAAAAAAGUUAAGAAAACUAAGAAAAUUUAAAUUGAUACCAUGGGGGAAGAAAACUGCAAAAUACUUAACGGACAGUCAGGAGUGCCUAAUUUGUAACAGAAACUGUUAAGUACAGAAGGGAAAAAUAUUUAAACUACUACUGAAACAUCAUUUAAAACAUUUCUUUCAGCUAGAACGUUUGAAACAUCUUUGCAUUCUGAUUUUACAAAAGAGGAACCUGAUGCUCCCUUUGCGAAAGAGGCUGCAGAUCCAAAACAAUCCAAGGUGAAAAAGAAGUCUAAGGAUAUGACAGAUGCAGCAAAAUCACUAAUUAGUAAAAUCAGUGACAGAUACAAAGCCAAGACAGAUGAGAAAAGCAAAGCAAGAGACUCCUUGAGUUGUAGCAGGUCACUUUUAAAUAAAUCCAGUGUCUCCAAGGAAGAAGUUUGGGAUAGAAACCUGAAAACUAGUACUUUUCUUAAUAUGACUGCAGGUCAUAUUAUGAAUGAUGUCUACAACUUUAACAUCAGUGGGUCCGAGGAGCCUACCAUAAAGCUUGGAACUAGAAGCAAUCAAAACAAGAAACAUCUCUUUAGUGACACAGACACAGAAUACAGAGGUGAUGACAGCAAGACAGAGAUCAGCUGGCUACAAGAAUCAAAUAGAAAACCUAAAGCCCAGUUAAUUGAUUACAGUAGAAAUAAAAUCUCAGGGAAACCAAUAAGCACAGAGAAAAAUAAAUUUCCUGAACCUGCUGGCCCUGUGGGUGAACCUAAAGGCAAAAAUGCAAAGAAGAAAAAGAUAAACAAAUGUAAAAAACAGAAUUCAACAGCUGAUGAAACAGUAGAACAAACCACCAGACAAAAACGACCUCGAAGAGCUACAUUAGCAAAAAAUUACAAAGAGCCUUCCAGUUCAGAGUCAGAGAGUGAAAGGAAAUCUCCAGCACGCACCUCUAAGGAGGAGAAAUCAAAAAUACAGAAACAUAUGAAUGGGAAAAACAAGGAUGAUAAUCAGCCAAAAGAGUUCCAGAACACUGUGUAUAUAGAGCCAAAGAGAGUAGCUAGCUCUGUGCAAAAAGCAUAUAUUAAAUCAAAUAAUUCUGCAGAACGAAAGGAAAAUGAAGUGCCUUCAUCUGAGAGUCCUGCAUCUCUUGAGACGAUGAGAUGUGCUGAAAGAACAUCAGAGGGAGAUGUUAGUGAAGAGCAUAUAUACAGUGAAAGAUCACCUGACCUUGAGGAGUCAACACCAGAAAAGAGGGCAACACUGAGCUUCAAGAAAGGAAUCUCUCCCAAUAAUUUCUGCUCACAAAAAAAGAGUAUUCCAAGUGUACAUCUACAUGAGUCCCCUGAGACGACUGUUAAAAAGUUAACGUUUGGAAAUAAAAUUUUCUCACCAGUUUUAUCUGAAGCAUCUUUGGUAAGAAUGUUAAGCUUAACGACGCAUAAAACUGUCGGUGGACAUGCAAAAGGAUCUCUAUCUGAAACACGUUUUAAUCAUGAAGAUUCAAAUUUCAGACAUCAAUUUUCAGACAUACUUUCUGUUAAGGAAAAACUACAAGAUGUCACUGGACCUAUCACCGGAAGUAAAAAAGAGGAUUGUGUUCCAUCUCCACUGUCUGUUUCCAGUGGAAGUAAAGAACAGUCUUGGAGUGAAGAACCAUGUGGCCCCGUACAUGAGUCAGGACCAGCUAUACAGACAUCUCUCAAACGAAGGUACCACAGUGAUACAGAAACGAAUUCUGAUGAAGCAGAAACAAGCAAAGAGGAAGAAAAGAAAGGAAUCAGAAGAACAAAGUUACAGCCUAGAAAAUUAUUUAAAACAGGUGAUGCUGUUACUUACAGAGUGUCUGAAAGCUUAUCUACAGUCUCUGUAAAUGAUCUGUCAGUUUUGGAUGGGGACAUCUGGGACCCUGAUUGUUCAGCUGUCGGUAUAUGUCAGAAGCUCCAAAAAGAAGUUACCAAGAAAAUCGAGAGCCGCUCACGGAAAAUGGAUCAUUUUACUAAGCAAUCAUUAAGAGCUGCCCAUCAGCAUUUGACAACAAUGAGUUACCAGCUUCAUGAGUGCAGGAUCAGGCAGCUGGACAAAUUUCAUUUUGCUCUCCUUGAGGAACUUGAGAAUUUUGAAAAAGAUUCUCAGUCCCUGAAAAACAUGGAAAAAGAAUUCUCGACCUUUUGGAAAAAACAUACACAUAGUUUUAGUGCAUACAUGAAGAAUGAGCGUCAGAGAAUUCAGAUUCUUAAAACGUCAUUUGAAAAGAAUAUCUACUGUACUGUUGACUACGAAGAGCGUAUCUUUACUUCAGAGAUGCAUCUGAUGAAAGAAGACAUAAAAGGACUCCAGGAGAACCUUCUUAAAGAAAUGCAAGAAGAGGAACUGUGUAAUGUUCGCAGAGCAUUGCAGACAUUCUUGCAGUCAGAGGACAGAAUUCUGAAGUAA